UACCACAUGCUUACCGAAUGGGCGUAUAUUAUGAUCCAGAUGAGUUACGCGUGGGCCAGAGAUUUGAAAGUAAGGAAAAAUGCAUGUUUGCGAUUAAGCGGUAUAGCAUGAAUAUAUCAGUAGAUUACAAAGUCAUUGAGUCUAAACCAACAUUAUAUAUUGGUGAGUGUUGGAGGUCGGCAGAAGGCUGCAAUUGGCGGGUACGAGCUGCAUUUAUGCAGAAGUCGCAGAUGUGGAAAAUACGAAAAUUUGUUGGGCCCCACACAUGCACUUCAACACGUAUCAUAGAAGAUCAUUGAAAACUUGACUCCAAAACUAUCUGUACAUGCAUCAUGCCAAUGGUGAAAGACAUGCCGACCAUUAAAGUUUCGGUACUGAUUGCUGAAAUACAAGCACGAUUCCAGUAUCGAGUAUCAUAUCGGAAGGCGUGGAUAGCUAAACAGAUGGCAAUUGAGCAAUUGUACGGAGAUUUCGAUGCAUCGUACAAUGAAUUAUAGGGAUGGAUAGCCGCCAUGAGGGAACACGUGCUGGGGACUGUAAUUGAGUUGCAAACACGAUCUUAUGACGGGCAAAAUGACCAACUACAAUCGAGAAAAAGAAUUUUCCAUCGGAUGUUCUGGACUUUUGAUCAAUGUGUGCGCGCAUUUGCCCACUGCAAACCGUUUGUGCAAGUAGAUGGAACCUGGCUAUAUGGAAAAUACACACAGAUCUUACUUCUUGCGGUUGCUCAAGACGGCAACAGGAACGUACUCCUGAUAGCAUUUGCCAUCGUCGAUAAAGGAGAACAUGGAAUCGUGGGAGUUCUUCCUUACCAACCUGCGGAGGUAUGUGAUUAGCAAUGAUAAUAUUUGCAUCAUUUUCGAUAGAGGGAAAGGAUUAAUUGCAGCCAUUAGGUGUUCUGGUGUACCAUGGCGAUCUGUUUACUGCAUCCGGCACAUCGCGGCUAACUUCCAGCGAGAUUAUAAGAAUGCAGACUGGAAGAGACAAGUUGUGAGAAUGGCGUACGAGCUAGAGCCACACAUUUUUCGCCAAAGAAUGGCUCGGCUUGAGAGUGACAUGGAGGGUCAAACCAACACAUCUUUCCGGCAAUGGCUGGGUACCAUGGAGCCGUGGCAAUGGGCUCAAAGUUUUGACGAGGGCUUUCGUUAUGGUCAAAUGACUACAAACUUAGUGGAGGGGAUCAACGCUGUGUUAUUAAAAACACGACAUCUUCCAAUUUCAUCUGUCUUCUCGGCAACGUUCUAUAGGUUGGCUAUCUUGAUGCCAAGAAUGGGUCAGCAACAAGUGAACCAGAUGCAGGCGGGACAUGUCUUUGUCGAAGGCAUUAGGGAUGCAAUGGUUGUAAACCGUCGAAUGGCGAGGUCGAUGACAGUAGAAGUAUAUUCACGACAUAAUGAAACGUUUCGAGUUACAGAGACCAUCGGUUGUCGACCCAGUAUACCACCUAGGUCCUACGGAGUUGAUCUUCGAAAUAGACGGUGCAAUUACAGGAGGUUUCAAACACUUCAUUUUCCAUGUGCACACGUCGUGGCAGCUUGUGCUAAAGUUGGCCUCAAUGUAGAACAAUUUAUCGAUGAAGUGUACACCAUCGAACGAACAUUGCGUGUAUGGGAAAACGAGUUCCCCGUGCUUCCUGACCUAUCUACUUGGGAGGUACCUCCGAUGACCUUCGAGCUAGUCCCAGACAUAAGGCUGCGUAGAAACCUGAAAGGUCGUCCGCAAUCAUCCAGAAUCCGUAAUAAAAUGGACAUUAGGGAGAAAUCUGACGGGAAUUUGUGUGGCGUAUGCAGAUUACCCGGUCAUAAUCGGAGUAAAUGCCCUCUCCGAAACUACCAUGUUGGACAAUCGUCUCAAUCGAGUAGAAAUUGAUAUGUACUUCAUUACAUAAAUAUGGUUUGAAUCACAAAUUGUCUACAAUUUGUUGCAGUUAUGGAGACAUUUUUAAACCAUUGUAAUUUUAUUUAGAUAAGAACUAUCAUUACAUAAAUAUGCGGUUGUUUAUUACAAAAA